GGCCGAUCACCAAGAAGCCACUUUCAACUUCGCAAUCCUGAUCCACGAGAGACCGCUACACACACAGCACGCCGCUGAGAUCAGUGUCGCUCAUCCUUCAUCAUGUCGACCACCGUGGAUAAGAUCAAAGACAUUGAGGCCGAAAUGGCCAAGACGCAAAAGAACAAGGCGACGUCCUUCCAUCUUGGAAUGCUGAAGGCAAAGCUUGCGAAGCUCAAACGCGAGCUGCUGACCCCGACGUCUAGUGGAGGAGGAGCGGGUGUUGGCUUCGAUGUUGCGAGAACCGGCGUUGCCAGCGUUGGCUUCAUCGGAUUUCCCUCCGUGGGAAAGAGCACGUUGAUGAGUAGAUUGACCGGCCAACAUUCGGAAGCUGCUGCGUACGAGUUCACAACUCUCACGACCGUGCCAGGCCAGGUCCUGUACAAUGGCGCCAAGAUCCAGAUGCUCGAUCUUCCCGGUAUCAUCCAAGGUGCAAAGGACGGCAAAGGUCGCGGUCGACAGGUUAUUGCAGUUGCAAAGACGUGCAAUCUGAUCUUCAUCGUGCUGGACGUCAACAAACCGCUUACUGACAAGCGCAUCAUCGAGGCCGAACUGGAAGGCUUUGGGAUCAGAAUCAACAAGUCACCUCCAAACAUCCACUUCAAAAAGAAGGACAAAGGCGGCAUCAACAUCACCAGUACCGUCCAGCUGACGCAUAUCGACCACGACGAAAUCAAAGCGGUCAUGUCUGAGUAUCGAAUUGGGUCGGCCGACAUAGCGAUCCGUUGUGAUGCGACGGUCGAUGAUUUGAUCGAUGUUCUCGAGGCCAAAAGCAGAAGCUACAUUCCAGUGAUCUAUGCGCUGAACAAGAUCGAUGCAAUCUCUAUCGAGGAGCUCGAUCUGCUAUACCGCAUCCCGAACGCCUGCCCGAUCAGCGCAGAGCACGGGUGGAACGUGGAUGAAUUGAUGGAGCAGAUGUGGGAGAAGCUGAACUUGCGCCGGAUCUAUACGAAGCCAAAGGGGAAGAUGCCCGACUAUUCUGCUCCAGUGGUGCUGCGGUCCACGGGCUGCACCGUAGAGGAUUUCUGUAAUUCGAUCCACAAGACGAUCCUCGACACGUUCAAGCACGCAAUAGUGUACGGCAAGUCGGUCAAGCACCAGCCGCAGCGGGUGGGACUGGCCCAUGAGCUUGCGGAUGAGGACAUCAUAACGAUCGUCAAACGCUGAAGAGCGCGACUCGCGGCGCCCAUCGCGGGCUGCCAGAAGAGCGCUUUGCUAGCGGCGCGAUGGACUGACUUGAAGAAGGCUAUCGAGUGUCUCAUUCUCGUAUCAGUACCUGCCUGCGUCACGAGGGAGCUCGAGUCUCGAGGACCCCUGGCACUGGCAAGCAAAGGUGGAGGAGUGGUCGGCGGCGGCACCAAUGGCAUCGCAUUCGCACCAGCACGCUCUUUUCGGCCGGCGCAGCGUGCACGCGGAUCGGCUCUGGGCCAGCUCGUUGGCUGAUCCGUCGGUCCCGCACGAUACGGGCAACGGCCUCGCUCGAUCAGCCAGCAAACGGGCAGCGGCGGCCGCAAUAGGAAAUGCAUUGAAGCGUGUCCGGAGGCUGGUUGCCCACACGGGCGGGUGUCUCGAAAGUGGAGGCGAGAGUGGGACCGUCUCAGGCAUUAUUGUUUUUCGAGUGCUAUUUCGGAAAUGCAGAAAAUGCGUCGAUCGCCUUCACGCCC